UGAAAGACGGAGAAGUGAGGACAGAGACGUGGAAAGACAGGGAGAGAGAAGUGGAGAGAGACACAGAGAGACAGAGACGUGGAGAGACACAGAGAGACGUGGAGAGAGACUAAGCAAGACGCUAAGCAAGGAGGGUGUGAGACUGAAGAAGCUCGGCUGCCCCUGGAGUCCCAGCCCCGCCUUCAUGCCCAGCGGGAGCCCCACCUGGCCCAUCCUCCCAGGCCGUGGGGGCCCCCCACCCCUUUCCACAGCCAGGCUGGACUGCUGAUUCAGGGUUUCAUCACACCCUCUCCCCACGUAAACCUCAGCCCGUGCUGCAGGUGGUCUGACUCACAGUCCUCCAAGUGACUCUUGAGGAGCGUCUGCAGGCAAGAGGAUGGCCCAAGUCCUGCAUGUGCCAGCCGCCUUCCCAGGGACCCCCGGCCCAGCCUCCCCACCCGCCUUCCCCUCCAAGGAGCCCGACCUGCCCUACUCCGUGGAGACGCCCUACGGCUACCGCCUGGACCUGGACUUUCUCAAGUAUGUGGACGACAUUGAGAAGGGCCACACGCUGCGGCGGGUGGCCGUGCAGCGCCGGCCCCGCCUCGGCUCCCUGCCCCGCGGCCCUGGCUCCUGGUGGACGUCCACCGAGUCUCUGUGCUCCAAUGCCAGCGGGGACAGCCGCCACUCGGCCUACUCCUACUGCGGCCGCGGCUUCUACCCGCAGUAUGGUGCCCUGGAGACCCGCACCGGCUUCAACCCGCGCGUGGAGCGCACGCUGCUGGACGCCCGUCGCCGCCUCGAGGACCAGGCAGCCGCCCCCACGGGGCUGGGCUCCCUGACCCCCAGCGCGGCCGGCUCGACCAGCUCGCUAGUGGGCGUGGGGCUGCCACCCCCAACGCCGCGGGGAUCCGGACUGUCCACGCCAGUGCCGCCCAGCGCCGGGCACCUGGCCCACGUGCGGGAGCAGAUGGCGGGGGCCCUGCGGAAGCUGCGGCAGCUGGAGGAGCAGGUGAAGCUGAUCCCCGUGCUCCAGGUGAAGCUGUCGGUGCUCCAGGAGGAGAAGCGGCAACUCACGGUGCAGCUCAAGAGCCAGAAAUUCCUAGGCCACCCCACGGGAGCCCGGGGACGCAGUGAGCUCUGCCUGGACCUCCCCGAGACCCCCGAGGACCCGGUGGCCCUCGAGACCCGGAGCGUCGGCACCUGGGUCCAAGAGCGGGACUUGGGCGUGCCCGAUGGGGAGGCAGCCCUUGCCGCUAAGGUCGCCGUGCUGGAGACCCAGCUCAAGAAAGCACUCCAGGAGCUGCAGGCAGCGCAGGCCCGGCAGGCCGACCUCCAGCCCCAGGCCUGGCCGCCACCAGACAGCCCAGUCCGUGUGGACACCGUCCGGGUGGUGGAGGGGCCAAGGGAGGUGGAGGUGGCGGCCAGCACAGCUGCGGGGGCCCCCGCGCAGCGGGCCCAGAGUUUGGAGCCCUACGGGGCAGGGCUGCGGGCCCUGGCGACAUCCAGCGGGCCCGAGAGCCCUGCUGUGUUCCGCAGCCAUGAGGUGGUGGAGACGGUGUUCCCAGCGCCCACUGCAUUCGUCAGCAAUGUCCACCUGGUGAAGAAGAUCAGCCUCACAGAGCACAGCUGCGAUGAGGCAACAGGUCUCCCACAGGCUCCUGCAGAGCCAUCCGUGUCACCCCCAGAGUCUAAGGAGGCCUCCCUGGUGCAGCCAGAGAAGAACGCAGGCCUGGUGCCUGCCCACGAUGCCACCAACAGGGAGCCCGCCAAGCAAGCAGCCCCGCAGGAGUCAGACUCAGUGGAAGCCGGGAGUGCAGCCCCAGGCGGGCCCCAGGCAGGUGUGCGAUCCAUCAUGAAGAGGAAAGAGGAGCCGGCAGACCCUGAGGCCCACCGGAGGAGCCUCCAGUUUGUGGGGGUCAAUGGCAGCAUCUCCCCCAGGUAUGAGUCAUCAUCCGAGGACUCCAGCACAGCAGAGAACUUCUCGGACAAUGAGAGCACAGAGAACGAGGCCCCAGAGCUAGAGGAGAGGGUUCCGAGUGUGGUGGAAGCCCCCCAGCUCAGGCCCAAGGAGACGACAAAGGCCAAGACCAGCCGGGAGGAGUACCAGCAGUCCCGGGAGUCUCAGCAGGCGCCCACAGCUGAGGGGGCAUCGGGAUCAAGUGCGGAAGAGGAGAUCCGGAUGGAGCUCAGCCCCGACCUCAUCUCAGCCUGCCUGGCCCUGGAGAAGUACCUGGAGAACCCCAAUGCCCUCACUGAGCGGGAGCUGAAAGUGGCCUACACCACCGUGCUGCAGGAGUGGCUGCGCCUGGCCUGCCGCAGCGACGCCCACCCGGAGCUUGUGCGGCGCCACCUGGUCACCUUCCGGGCCAUGUCAGCGCGGCUGCUGGACUAUGUGGUCAACAUCGCCGACAGCAAUGGGAACACCGCCUUGCACUACUCUGUGUCCCACGCCAACUUCCCCGUGGUGCGGCAGCUGCUCGACAGUAGUGUCUGCCAGGUGGACAAGCAGAACCGCGCUGGCUACAGCCCCAUCAUGCUUACCGCCCUGGCCACCCUGAAGACCCAGGAUGACAUUGAGACUGUCCUGCAGCUCUUCCGGCUCGGAGACGUCAAUGCCAAAGCCAGCCAGGCAGGGCAGACAGCCCUGAUGCUGGCGGUCAGCCACGGGCGGGUGGACGUGGUCAAAGCCCUGCUUUCCUGCGAGGCGGACAUCAAUGUCCAAGACGACGAUGGCUCCACGGCCCUCAUGUGCGCCUGCGAGCAUGGCCACAAGGAGAUCACAGCGCUGCUGCUGGCCGUGCCCAGCUGUGACAUCUCCAUCACUGACCGCGAUGGGAGCACAGCUUUGAUGGUGGCCUUGGACGCGGGACACAGUGAAAUUGCAUCCAUGCUCUACUCCCGCAUGAACAUCAAGUGCUCGUUUGCCCCGAUGUCAGAUGACGAGAGUCCUGUGUCAUCCUCUGCCGAAGAAUAACCCUGAGAGGGGCCCGAGGUGCCUCUCGUGGGGGCCAGGCAGCCCCAGAGCGAACCAUCCCUGGUCCCUCGUCCCCUCCCUGGCCAGCCCCCACUCUACCCACCAAGGCCCAAGUCUCAGAGGCAAGUGGGGUUUUCUUCUGCUUCCCCGGGGAGCCCCCAACAGCGCGGAGACUUCAGCUGAAAGCGGGUUUUCCCCGGUACCCUGGUUCAAAGCAGCUGCAGCGCAGACCGAAGCUCAAUUCUUAAGUAAAUUGGCGCCAGUGGCUGAAGCUGGGGCGUGGGUUUGCGAAGAACGCUGAGAACAAUCCACUGGCAAUUAUGGAUGGAGGAGGGUGAGAGGGAAAAAUAUUGUAUUUCUGAAUCAUGGUCGGGGAAGGGGGGAAAAUCACAUUACUUGUUACCAAAUUUGAAAGUCACUGGAAUCGCAUAUUUUCUUUCUUUUUUUUUGCAUAUUUUCAUUGUAAUCUUGAAUGUGAUUACGCACGGAUCACGUCUGGAGUGGCCUAACAGCCCCCCCACCCCCACCCCAACCUUGCCUCCCUGCAUUUACCUGUGUGGUAUAUAAUAGCGUUUUGUCCCCUCCCCUCCCCGCCCGCCCCCCCCCACCGACUGCUUUCCUGGUGGAAUUUUCUUCUGGUCUCUUCCCAAAGCAGAUUCUGUCUUUGUCACCCUGGGCAGGAAGUUUAGUCGUUUCUUCUGCCUUCGUGUUGCCACCACCGAUGCCACCCCCCCCAACCAUUCAGGUGGGGGGCAGGCCCGGGACCCAGCAGCUGAGGUGUGCGAGUGGUUCACAUCGAGAGAUUACGCAGAAAUCCGUCCCUCCUCGCGUGGGGACCCUGGCAAAUAUUCCUUUUCCUAGAAAAUCCUUUAGACGUGGAGAGGCAGGAAAUGAAUCUGGUCCCCCAGCGUGGUCCCUGCAUCCCUAAGGCUUAGAACCUCCGUAACGAGGCCAUCCUUUUUCUCCCCAGACUCCAGAAUUUCUCUCUUCAAAGGAACGAAAACAGGGCAUGAGAAUGUUGGCAAAGCAUAGGCCCAGUUCCAAAAACCCCAUGUGUGCUCCAUUAAAAGUUGGCUGCCCCCGAGGGCUCCCAGUGCAAACUUAAAGAGACAGGGCUGUGCUGAAAACCAAACAUGGGCCAGCUGGUUUUUUAAAACAACCUACAGGCUUUCCGGAGCUGCCUGGAACGGAGCCUGCUGGAAACGGGUCUCUCCCGACACACGUAGUUUCCUGCAUGGCCUAUUUUGUCCCCAGAAUCUCAACAUAGUUUUCUUUCCCAUUCCUUCCUUUUGUGACCCCUCCAAAAAAAAAGGGAAGGCGGGGAGGAGGACAGGUGCCGAGCCUCAAAAAGUGCCUUGUGACCGGGGAGUAAGAGCCCUGGUUCUCAGGUGUCCUGCCCUCUCCUGUCCAGUUCUUAGCUUAGCUGCCAGGGUUGAAGCCAAAACCCCAGCAGGACAGAGCAAGCCCUCGGCACUUAGACAUUCAUUCAAUAAAGCCAAGUGCUGGCUUCUCUCCUAGAAAAGUAGGUUUCCUGGCUUGAUGGAGUCCAGCUUGCUUUGAAUUUGAUGGAAGGUUGCUACCUAAGAGAGCUUGGAUGGUCAAAGGAGAGAGACACCCCAGUGUGUGUGUGUGUGUGUGUGUGUGUGUGUGUGUGUGUGUGUGUGUGUGUGUGUGUGUGUCUGUGUGAAUGGCAAGGAAAUGAAACCCAAGCUGACUGGGGAUGACCACUGACAGCAGGCCGUAGCUUUGGGCAGCUUUGAGAAGCAGUGCAAGAGUUGUGUGCCUGUGCAUCCAGCCCUGUGGUGCGUUUACUUUAAGCAUCUAGAAGCAGCUCAUUGACCCCCACUCCCCACCCCAUAAGUCCAUAUUUAUCCCUACGUUCCCUUCUCCCCGUUCCCUUCUUCCCACCCCCUCAGCAGUUGGGCUUGGCACGGUAGCUACAGGGGUCCUGCCUCUGAUCUCGCGCUCUUCUCACGUCUAUUCAUGACCUUUAACUUCACUUUCCGACCACGGUACAUCCAUAAAGACAGUAUUACACUUAAAUGAAGUAUUCCUUUUUAUAAUCGUUUUUUAGAAGGUAAAGGAAUUUAAUAAAGCUACCUUAUAAAAAU